AUGUCGCGUCCUGUUACCACGUCUAACGGUUUGCGAAACUUGGCUUCAGACGCACGGAACAAGGACAAAAGAGGUUCAGCUACUUGGCACCUGUGGUCGCUUGACCCAGUUGUCAUCGAACUGCAGUUAUGCCCCGCAGCACUUGCAGCUGAGAUUGCAGAGCUCAUGAUCCCAGGACAUAUCAGCUUUUUUGAUUCCAAUACCGGCUCGGUAGCCCACAGGUUCCAAGAAAUAUACAACAACGCGACUGGUACCCGCAUGUCAAAACCGCCACUUUCGAAGCGCAGUGAGCUGACUCUCCAGCUAACUGCUCGCUUCUUAAAGCUCCUUCUCCAGAAGAAAAAAUCGUGGAAAGACGAAGCGCAGUUUCACCCUCUAUUGGCCGACAGUGCAGACACCGCAACAGCCAUUCAGGACCUAGUUGACAACUUGGAAAACCCCCAUUAUCAAAAACAUCCAUCCACACUCACCUUCCGCUCGCCGAUUAUGGAUCUUUAUAUCAAACCACACAUAGACGCAUGCAGAGUCAACAGCCCGCUACCCCACAAAUCAUCCACAAUGACUUCAAUCAUGCAUUGUGGCGCUCUUCUCACUCUAGAAACAUCAGCCCCGACAAGUACCAGCGAGGUCCAUCUGCUGUCCGGCAUGCGAAUAUACCUCGUCUACCCGCCCACACCACACAACAUGGCAUUGCUAUACGUCUACUUCCGGGACCUAGGCAACGGAUCGAGCCUGGACCACGGAGACUUUUGCAGAAGAAUGCAAGAGGGCGUCACUUUCUCCAGUAUCCCGGUGAAGUAG